AUGGGGCGGUUCUUAGCAGCGCUCUGGCUUGCGGCGAGCUGCGUCACCGCGCAGAGUAUAUUCAAUCUCAGCGAUGUUUCGUGGACGGUCAGCAACGGCGUCAACGCCACCGUGCCCGGCAAGCUUCCCUCGUAUGCCCACAUAGACCUGCUGGCUGCUGGCGUCAUUGACGAUCCCAUAUAUGGCUUCAACGAGUGGAACCAGUUCUGGGUCCAGCGAAUGAACUGGACAUACACGUCCGGGCCGAUCAAGGGACUUAAGUCUGGAGAAGAGUUGACUUCAUGGCUCGUAUUCGAGGGUCUCGACACCUUUUGUGAGAUCAAGCUCUGCGGCCAGAAAGUCGGCGACACCAAGAACCAGUUCCGCAAAUACACCUUUGAUGUCUCUGACAUCCUGCCCAAGUGCAAGGGCGAUCCUGUCCUCAGCUUGAAUUUCGGGUCCGCGAGCAAGAUUGUGCUCGACAUUUCCCAGCGGGGCGAUCUGUGUACGUUGAUCUCCAUGCCUGUGUCGUGUGAAAGUCUCUCCGCUUACAUGUUUUGCCGAGUCUAUAUGCGAAAGCAGGAGAGCGACUUCGGCUGGGACUGGGGCCCGCAGUUUGCUCCAGCUGGUCCAUGGCGCCCGGCGUACAUUGUGCAAAAGGGCAAGACGGAUCCCGUGUACAUCACGAACACGGCCAUCGACAUCUAUCGCCAAGGUCAAAUGCCCAAUCUGUCGCCCGAUCAGUCCAAGCCUUGGGUCUUCAAUGCUAGUAUCGAUUACAUCGGUACCUUGCCCAAAGGCUCACAGUUCCACGUCAAGAUCGUCGACAGCAAGGGCCACACGCUCAAGGAGGCCAACCUGGUCGGCAUCACCCAGAGUGACGGUACUAUCACCGGCAGCACCGCCAUCAACACCAAGGUUGACCUGUGGUGGCCCUCCGGCUACGGAGAGCAGCCAUUGUACACCGCGACGCUGUCUCUCAUCAGUGCAGGAGUCUCCAAGCAUGCCACCGUCACCAAGCGCGUCGGCUUUCGAACCAUUGUCCUCAACCUCAAUGCCAUCACUGAGGCAGACAAAGCCAAGGGCGUCGCUCCGGGAGCCAGCUGGAAAUUCGAGAUCAACGGCCACGAGAUGUAUGCCAAGGGCUCCAACUUUGUCCCUCCCGACGUCUUCUGGCCCCGUGUGAACCAGACCAAGAUCAAGGAGACGUUCGAGCUCGCCAUCAACUCCCAUUUUAACAUGAUGCGAAUCUGGGCCUCCGGAGCCUAUCUGCCUGACUGGGCGUAUGACCUGGCCGACGAGAUGGGUUUGCUGCUUUGGUCCGAAUUCCAAUUCUCCGUCGCCUACUUCCCUGCCACGCCCGACUUCCUGGCUGAGUAUGAAGCCGAGGCCUACUACAACACCCGCCGUGUGAACCACCACCCCAGUUUGGCUCUGUGGGCUGGAGGCAACGAGCUCGAGUACCUCAUCUAUGGCUGGUGGCUCAAUCCCCGGAAUAACACCCAGCUGGAGGACUAUGAGACCAUCUUCCAACAGCACCUUGCCAAGUGUGUGUACGCCAACACCCACUCCAUCAGCUAUAUCCCCUCUUCCACCUACCACGGAUACACUUCGCUUGACUUCAACUCCGUCAGUCCUCAGACCUCGCGAUAUGACUACAUGGAGAGCCCCGAUGCAAUCUACCAUGACACCGACUUCUAUAACUAUGACGGUAGCAUCGCAUUCCAGUACAGCGGCUACCCAGUUGGUCGUUUCGCCGACGAGUUUGGCUUCCCCUCUAUGCCGUCCGUCUACUCCUGGAGGGAUGCCAUUCCUGAAAGCGAGUUCAACUUUGACUCGUCAUAUGUCCGCCACCACAACCGUCAUCUGAGCGGCGGCAGCGACUUUUUCUCGUCCUCCGCCAACGGCAUAAACCAGUUUACCGACAGCAUUAAGCUGUGGUACCCCUUGCCCCAACUGGAGGAUCCCGUGGCCAACUUCACCGCCUGGACGUGGACCUCGCAGGUUUUCCAGGCCGACUACUAUCAGGCCCAAAUUGCGUUUUACCGACGCGGAUCUGGUCUUCCCAACAGACAGAUGGGCUCUUUGUACUGGCAGUUCAACGACAUCUGGGUCGGCCCGACCUGGUCCAGUACGGAGCACAACUUGCGCCAAAAGGUGGCCUACUAUGCGGCCAAGGACAUCUUCAAUCCCGUCAUUGUCUGGCCGUUUUACGACGAGGCCACCGAUGUCCUGGAGGUGUGGGUUGUUUCGGAUCUGUGGGAGAAAGUUUCCGGAACUGCCACCUUCCAGUGGGUCGACUGGAAGGGCAAUGCGCUGGAUGUUGGUCCUCCUGUCCACGUGAAGCCUGCUCGCGAUGGAUCGUUCAAGGUCAACUUCGACGUGCAGCCCAUCAAUGCCACCCGGCUGGUCACAUAUCCUGCCUUGUCAACCUUUUUCGCCUGCAAGAACCCGUUGUCGAAUGCGCUACUCUCAAUUUCCGUCAAGGCCGGUGAAUAUACCCACUCCAAGUUCUUUCACCCUCAAAGCCUCCGAUUGAGCAGCAUUGCCGACCCAGGCCUGGCCAUGACCAAGUCGCUUCGAGGAAAGACGGCCCAGUUCAAGAUCACCGCCACCAAGGGUGUUGCGGCAUGGGUGUGGGUCGACUACCCCUCCACUGUGAGGGGAUACUUUGACCAGAACGGCUUCUGGCUUCACAAGGGCGAGAGCCGUACCAUUACUUUCAUCGUCUGGGACGACUGGUCCAGUGGUGCAUGGAUCAAUGAUGUUGUUCUCAGAUCCAUAUAUGACAAUGUGGACAAGUAG